GGCAGUGUGUUCGCGCCUGCGCUGGUCCUCGUCUCGGAGCAGCCAUGAUGGAAGGCCUGGACGAUGGCCCCGACUUCCUCUCGGAGGAAGACCGCGGACUUAAAGCAAUAAAUGUAGAUCUUCAAAGUGAUGCUGCGCUGCAAGUGGACAUUUCUGAUGCUCUUAGUGAGAGGGAUAAAGUAAAAUUCACUGUUCACACAAAAAGUUCAUUGCCAAAUUUUAAACAGAACGAGUUUUCUGUUGUUCGACAACAUGAAGAAUUUAUCUGGCUUCAUGAUUCCUUCGUUGAAAAUGAAGACUAUGCAGGAUAUAUUAUUCCACCAGCACCACCAAGACCUGAUUUUGAUGCUUCAAGGGAAAAACUACAGAAGCUUGGAGAAGGAGAAGGGUCAAUGACAAAGGAAGAAUUCACAAAGAUGAAACAGGAACUGGAAGCUGAAUAUUUGGCAAUAUUCAAGAAGACAGUUGCAAUGCAUGAAGUGUUCCUAUGUCGUGUGGCAGCACAUCCUAUUUUGAGAAAAGAUCUAAAUUUCCAUGUCUUCUUGGAAUAUAAUCAAGAUUUGAGUGUGCGAGGAAAAAAUAAAAAAGAGAAACUUGAAGAUUUCUUUAAAAACAUGGUUAAAUCAGCAGAUGGAGUAAUUGUUUCAGGAGUAAAGGAUGUAGAUGAUUUCUUUGAGCAUGAACGAACUUUCCUUUUAGAAUAUCAUAACCGAGUUAAGGAUGCGUCUGCUAAGUCUGAUAGGAUGACAAGAUCCCACAAAAGUGCUGCAGAUGAUUACAAUAGAAUUGGUUCUUCAUUAUAUGCUUUAGGAACUCAGGAUUCUACAGAUAUAUGCAAGUUUUUCCUCAAAGUUUCAGAACUGUUUGAUAAAACUAGAAAAAUAGAAGCAAGAGUAUCUGCUGAUGAAGACCUCAAACUUUCUGACCUUUUGAAAUAUUACUUAAGAGAAUCUCAAGCGGCUAAGGAUCUCCUCUACCGAAGAUCUCGAUCACUAGUGGAUUAUGAAAAUGCUAACAAAGCACUGGAUAAAGCAAGAGCGAAAAAUAAAGAUGUUCUACAGGCUGAAACUUCCCAACAAUUAUGUUGUCAGAAGUUUGAAAAAAUAUCUGAAUCUGCAAAACAAGAACUUAUAGAUUUUAAGACAAGAAGAGUUGCUGCAUUUAGAAAAAAUUUAGUGGAACUUGCAGAAUUAGAACUGAAGCAUGCAAAGGGUAACCUCCAGUUACUGCAGAACUGCCUGGCAGUGUUAAAUGGAGACACAUAAGCCACAUUCUACUUCCUAUUAAAAAGGGCUGCCUUCCUUUAAAUCUUAUUUUUGUUUUCUUAAUGAUGUUAAAGCAUUUAUGCUCACUGAAAACAAAACAGCUGACAAAGUGCAUCUACUCUUCUUUUUCUGAGAAAUAGUGGAGCAGCGCUGUGCACCCGCAAUGCCCAUCUGUGUGAUGUGAGGCUGCACUCUGCUCCUCUAGACGGUGGUCUGUCACCGUGCAGUCGUCCUACUCAGAAGCCCAAAGUUUGGUCUUUAUUUUUAAGUAGCCUCUAUAACUGUGUUUACUUUAUAAAUAGUAUUCCUUAUGGCUGCCAAUCUUAUUUACCUUUAAAUAAUUUCUGAAGUUUAACCUUUUUAAAAUACAUUGUUCAAACGAGAUAAAGAUUGCCUUUCUGAAUUUUUUUUAAAUUUCAUUUUUAAAAAGCAUUGUAUACUUUAUUUCAUUCAUUCUUGUAAAGCAUCUUAAUCAAACUUACGUUUAAUUAAUCAACAUAAAAGGUUUGGGCCAGACUUUAUGUAAUCUUUAGAAGUAUGAUCUCUGAAGAAAAGCAAAUGCAUUUGUAUGUUUGCCUUAAACUUGUAGACUAAACCAAUUAUUGUAAAAUAACCAGCGAUAACAGUUAUAGUUUUUAACUUUGUGGUCAUGGUAUCACUCUAAAAUUUUGGAGUAGUUCUAAUAAAUCUACUCCGAUAUUAUGCUUUACAGUGCAGGUCUUGAUUUCUCCUUUUCCCCCCUAUUUCUUUUAAAAUGGCAUAUUGAACCAGGUUCACUAAUCCCUUUAGAAAAGAAUGAACUGCUCACCCAUGUGCACUUCAUAGGUGGAACUGGGCAAAGGCAGGAGAGGAGCAGCAUGCAGUCUGUUUUUCUGGAUUCCGUCCCUAACUCAGCCAGUUAACCAUGAGAUGUAUGCUAUUGAACCACUUGGUAGUUAUGCCAGUAUAUAGACUGAUGUGUAGAAGGGGAAAAGUCUGCUAUAAGGACAGUUGUUGCGUGUGAAGAAAAGGGACUAUUUGGGAUGAAAGUUGGUGUGCAUAUAGGAUACUAAUUGUGAGUAGUUACAUUACAAAUAAUAUUGGCCUUUCUAAUGUGAAUGAACAUUAUUGUCAUUUCUACUUUAAAGUUAGAUUGAGUGGUUGGACUUUUCCACUGUCUUUUUCUAACUUCAGGCAUUUGAGCUGGUCACCCCUUGAAUGGGUUCCUGAUUUGUUUACAUUUUCCCAAAUGGUUCUGAAGAUUGCCUGGUCACCUGGUCUCUGUCUUAUUGCCAGUCACGAUUCCAGCCUUUCUCAGCAGCAUGUUCUCUUGCCUCACUCAUGUACCGGUUAAUGUUUUGUCUUUUUAAUUGACAUGUUCCCCAAUGCCAUUUGAACUGUUGGUUUUUCUGUUGUUGGCUGAGAGAGCUAUGUACUUUGUCCUUCAUGUAACCUUCAUUGGUAAGAAUAUGCCCAUGCAGUUUCCACCAGUGGUGGGAUGUUGGGACCUAGCUUCUGGAUUCAGCUGUAGUCCUUCCCCAGAAGCCCUGUGGUCUCAAGCAAGUUUGAGCAGGUUGCUAGACGUCUGCCUCUGUUCUCUACUAUAAAGGACAUAUUGACCUACCUCACAGGGGUGUUGUGAGGAUUAAUAAAUGUUGGUACCUUACUUUGGAAA